AUGUACAGUGAUCUAACAGUCAACUCAUAUCAUGAAGAAUACCUUCAUUACAUGUAUACUAACGCAGUCAACAUCAUCAUCAUGGACGAAAUAGCUUCAUGGUGCUGGAUCUCAACACUCCAACCUGGUAAUCAUCCUGCUCAGACUACAGGGUGUCUGGGUCAGGACAACGGGAGUGUGACUUACACCCCCAGGAGAGUCUGCUCCUUAGAGGGCUCUUCUGUGACCAUGCCCUGCUCUUACACAUUUCCCAAGGGUCACAAAGUCACAACAGCUUUCUGGUUCAAAGGUCAAGUGCCUGGUGCUGAGUCUCUGGAUCUGAAUWUGAACCCUGAGUACAAAGGCCGUGUGGAGUAUCUAGGGYACAGUAARCAACUCUGUACACUGAGAAUCACAGACCUGAGAGAGAGCGAUUCAGGAACCUACAGCUUCCUGUUUGGGACUGACGUCAAUCCUGGGGGAUGGUUGGGGAAUCCAGGAGUAAGGUUAAAUGUGACAGGGCUCCAUGUUGAUUUGACCCCUGACCUAGUUGUGGACGGCAAGUGGGCAGACCUUACCUGUGGCUCCUGCUUCUUGAGUGAAAAUCCCACCUACACCUGGUACAGGGACAAACAGCCUUUGAACUACACCAACAAGGUCAAGGUUAUGGCCAACUACCUGGAACUAGACCCGGUAGGCAGGGAAGAUGCAGGCAGCUACUCCUGUGCGGUGAGCGGCAGAGAGGAUUCCCCWGGUCCGGCAGUGAUCCUUGUAGUGGGAUGUAAACCAGUGUUUCCCUGGGCUCCCGUUGUGGGGGUGGUGGCUGUGUUUGGCAGCUGGAGCUCUCCUAGUCAUCCUCUAUGGCACACUGAAGAAGAG